AUGGAGGAAUUCGAAAAGACCGAACGAUGUGAAGUCUUCCGUCUUGGGGAUGUCGGCCUCUACGAACAGUAUCUGGUUGUAGGCGCGAACCAGGUAGGUGCGGAUAAAAACAGUUCUGCCGACUUGGUCUCACGUCAGGGAGUGGGUACUUAUCCGGGGUUGUCAUGUGAUGGACACCAAUCGUUGGAGGAUAUUUUGGGAACCGUGUAG